AUGGCCGAAGUUGACCUCCCCUCCCAGAUCAAGGCUACUAUCAAAGAGCCUCACUCAGUUGUCAACCGUCUGAACACGGCUCGCAUUCCCCUCUGCCUCCCCCCCUCGGUAAAGACCCCGAUCUAUUACACUCUCGGGUUUGCACGAUGGGCGGAGAUUUAUUUGGGAUUGGAAGAGGUGUGGCAUAGUCAGAUUGGUGACCCCGCCGACUGGACUGAUCUCAGCGAUGAUCCCAAGGCCUAUGCGAGUGAUCAAGACCGCGUGCAGGCUGUUCUGCGCAAGAUCUGCCUCCCAGAGCUUCUGCGCACGAGGCGCCUGGAAGGCGACUUUGCUGCUCUGAAGGCUUUGGAUCCUACCAUUGCCAACCUGGACCUGGCCAAGGAGAACGUUGGCACGCAGUUCCGAAGCUACAUCAAGGAGCACAUCCCGACCAAGCCGCAUCUGCUUGUGGCAUAUAUUUGGAUUAUGUACCAGGCUCUGUUUAAUGGCGGUCGCUUUAUCCGCAUGCAGCUCCUGAAGGCUGGCCCGGACUUCUGGGGCUUGACCGAGAAGGAGAUGGACCCGACUGCCUUCCCGUCGCCGCUGUCGUUCUGGUGCGUGGAGGAGGCCGAUGUGGUCCAGGCUGAAUUCCGAAACCGUGUUGUCAAGGCAGACAACUUGUUGACCGAGACUGAGCGACAGGAGAUUCUCCAGGAAUCGCUGGAGAUUUUCCGUCGCUGUGAGCUCAUCACCCACCAACUUGACGAGGACGUUGCCGCUGGACUGAAGGCUGCGAAUUAG